AUUAGCCAUGUUAAACGCAUUUUACCACACUGGAUCAUGCUUUCUUUAAGCAUUACGUAUGCUGUACAACAAAGGUAGCGGAUAGUUAAUUAAUCAUUACCCAAAGCCCUGAAAAUGAUAAACAAGUCACAAGACAUAAAGAUAAACUUACCAUAACGUACACUAUGGAAACCCCCAUUGAAAAAGCUAUUUUUAAUUGUUUAUAUUUUGUAUGUGUUACAUGUGUCUGCUCAGAUGUAGAGAAUACAGAAAAACAUGAAACAAAAAAAAAAAAACUUGACCUAUUAGACCACAGAGAAAUGGUUGAAUAAAGAUAAAAAGGGCAGGGGGUGGAGCACAAAAUGGAGUUUCGAAAGGGCUAUGCAUAACAGAUUUUGGUUGGGGGCAGGAGGUGACAAGGAAAUAAAGCAAAUUGAAUGUGCAAGGCAGGGGGCAAAAAGUCUGCAGAAUGGAGUCCAGCAGAAUCACCAUGGAAUCCAAGGCAGCUGCUUCCAACAUGCUAAAUGCUCUCCAUUCUCUGUACCAGUUUGGUUACCUCUGUGACGUGACUGUCCAGACAGUGCAACAGGGGGUCCAUGAAGAGUUUUCUGCCCACAAAGCUGUAUUAGCUGCUUCCAGCAAUUAUUUCCGGGAACUUUUUGUCAGUGAAGAGCUGUUAGUUGCUAAAUCGCCCACAGUAACCUUGCAGGACAUCUAUACAGAAGACUUCACUAGCUUCCUUGAAUUUGUCUACACUGCAAGAGUACAGAUCCAACAAGAAAAGCUACAGAGGUUGAAAGAAGUGGCUGAGAAACUGGAAUGCAAAGAUCUGUUGGAGGUUUGCAAUGGUUUCAUAGCCAAUGAGAGACAGGAUUCAAAGCUAGCACCCCCGCCUAGAGCAAUGACCUUGAGGAGUAAAAGCCCUUGCUUAGAUCAGACUUCUAAAAUAAAAUCCUCAGCUAUGACAUUUAUGCUAUGUGACCAAACCCAAAAAAAGAGUAUGCAGCAGAUUAAACAAAAACCCAAGCUCAGCAAAGAAGCAUCUACAAAAGAGAUAGGUGAGGAUGGUGCCUCCAGCAAGACCUCUGUGACAGAGUCAUCUGACCAGAAUCAAUCAAAGACAGAAGAAUCUAAGGAUGAUGAGGAUGUGGAUAAUGAUAGUGAGGAUGCUGGUGAAUUUGAUCAAAAUAAAACAGGCUGCAUAAAAUGGAUAACCCCCUUGGACUUGAACACCUGUAUAGUUAUAAGGAGGAUACCUGAGGUUAAAGAAGAGGACUGUGAAAGGAACAUUAGUCUACGAAGGUCCCUUAGGAAUGCCUCAGGUUGGCUGAAGGAGACUUAUACCUGUGAUACGUGCAAUGAGACAUUUAAGACCGUGAACAAGUAUCAGGCACAUAUGGGCAAAGAGCAUGGUAUUAAUGUUGUGGUCAAAUACAGCUGUGACUUGUGCACCCAGCUCUUUACUAACCAUAAAAACCUCAGGCAGCACAGACUAACUGUCCACAACGAUGAGCGACGCUACGCUUGCAAGUUGUGUGACAAGAGGUUCAAACGCCAAAAGGACAUUAACGACCACAUCAGAAAAGUGCACGAGAAGAAGCGGUCUCCGCAGGCUUGCCCCUAUUGUGAUAAGAUUAUCAGUUCUAAAGGUGGCCUUACUGUUCAUAUCCGAAUACACACAGGAGAAAAGCCGUACAAAUGUCCAGAUUGUCCAGCAAAAUUUGCCCAGAAGUCCUCUUUCAACACCCAUGUGAGAAACAUGCACUUGUCUGGUAUAGAAAGGAAGCCUAGACCUGUAUACUGGAAGCUUGUUCCACCAAAUGAGGAUUCUGUUUUUGACAAGGAAGUCGGUAGUAACGGCACCACCUGUAACCCAUUGGAUGAAAACAACUUAAAAGCAAACCGCAAUAAAAAAAUGAAAAACGAAGAGCAGCAAAGCUUACUGAACAAUGUAGGAAAAAAUAAUGCUGGGGAGAAGAGCAGCUUGCCUUUUAAUAAAGCAUCAACUGAUAAAAAGCCAGUGUGCUCACCUAGUACAGAAAAAUUGGAAAGUGAAGGUGAUGAAAAGGACAGGGUAGGAGGUGAAGCAGGGAAGCUGAAUGAAAAUGAUGUAAAGAGUGACGGAGGCAACCAAGAACAAGUUGAAGAAACAGAUGAGGAAGGCGAGGAUGAAUAUGAACGAGACGAAGCCUCCGGUGGCGAUUCUGAAUAUGAGGAGGAGUUGAAGGAUGGGAACGGCAGUCAAAUGAAAAGAAAAGGUAGGGGCAUGAAACUAGGAGUCGGCAUGGUCCUCAAACCCAAAAAGGAGCAGUACGUUAUCAAGUGCGAUAAGUGUGACAAGCAGUUCACCUUUCGGAAGAAAUUUGUGGCCCACUACGAAGAGGCACAUCAAUCCCUUCCGGUAAAGUUCUACAAGUGCGACACCUGUGGCAAGGCUUUUGCCAACUACAGCUGCUGGAAGGAGCACCAGGCCUGUGUGCAUUCCAAUGAGAGGAAGUUUGCAUGCACCCUCUGCAAUGCUGCCUUCAAGCGAAAGCGGGAUGUCCACACGCACUACCUACGCAGACAUGAAGGCCGGUACAAGCGUCCUCUGUGCUCCGUCUGUGGCAAGAUCCUGAGCUCCAGGACUGCCCUGGUGUUCCACAUGAGGACUCACACUGGAGAGAAGCCCUACCAGUGCUCUGUGUGCAACGGAAGGUUCGCUCAGCCAUCACAGCUCAAGCUUCACGUAAGGUCCCACACUGGAGAGAAGCCUUAUAUCUGUGAGGUGUGUGGUUCUUGUUUUUCUGGCAAAAGCAAAUUAGACAUUCACCGAAGGACACACACAGGCGAGCGGCUGUACAAAUGUGAUAUGUGUGGGAAGAGCUUUUCCACUAAGCAAUACCUGAAGUGCCACAAGCGAUGUCACCUGGGAGCCAAGCCUUUCAAGUGUGAAGUCUGUGGGAAAACAUUUGGCCUUCGAGCAUCUUUAGUUCAGCACAGUAAGGUGCACGCAGAAACUCGUCCAUAUUUCUGUGACCAGUGUGGGAAGACAUUCACCCAGCAGGGGGCUCUGCGACGUCACCAGAGAAUCCACACUGGGGAGAAGCCUUACAAAUGCAAAGCCUGUGACCGGACUUUCACUGACAUGUCUACUUUGAGAAGACAUGUUGCGGUUCAUGAUCGGAAAGCAGAUUGGAGGAGCUAUGCAAUUGAUCUCACCACCAAGAAAGUUCACAAUUGGUCCAAGAUAGAAACAUUAGGAGGGGCAUGUAUUGAUGAUAGCCCAGUGAAUCACGAUUUUACUGAUAUGCUCGAACAAGCGCAUCAAGAACUGGAAAAACACAAAGUGAGAAAAGGGACUGCGAUUCACAAUGUUAGUUCUUAAGAAAGGGUUUGUAGUAUUUGCCAGCAUGUUUAGUAUUUAGUUUAGUAAAAGUGUUUUAAUGGCACAUUAUUUUUUUGCCCGAUUUAUGUGCCCUCACAAGCUUUCUUAGAAACCAACAUUGGCAAAAUAAGUGUUGCCACUAUAUGAAUAGCUACGUAAAGGAUAGAGAAAAUAAGGUGCCAUUGUCUUUUAUAAGAAGACAGUUGUGCACCUUAAAAUCAAAACACUUGUAGAAAAGAAUAAAGUACUGUAUAUUUUAUAUGGCUGUACUGUAGAAACAUUUUUAUUGUGCUGACGUAUUCAAACAGUACAGAACAAGAAGUGGAAUAACAAAUGUUUUUGUUGUUUGUUUUUUUUAAACACGCACAUUUACAUUUGUGAGAUCAAUAAAUCAGUCAAUCAAUUUUUAUUUUAUAUAGCGCCUUUCAUAGUGGACCAGCAUCACAAAGCACUUUACAAGAUGCAGUAACAACAAGAAAAUCCUUAAUACUUUAAAUACAGAGAAAUGCAUAAUACAUGCUAUACAGUAAAAGAAAAAAAAGAAACAGUGCAUAAUACAUGAUAUGAGCAUAAUACAUUAACUAGUAGCAGCAACACGGCAGCCAAUAGCAGAUAUCAGCCUUAAAGAGCAUGGAAAGCAAGAGAGAACAAGUGGGUCUUGAGGGUUGAUUUAAAGCUAGGAGAGAGUUCAAAAGAGUCGGAGCCAUGCAGCUAAACGAGCGUUCUCCAGAUGUGGUGCACUUUUGCUUGGGGAUAACAAGCAGGCCAGAGUCGGAGGACCUCAGCUUGCGGGCAGGGACAUAGCGGGUCAGCAAGUUGAGGAGGUACGCAGAACAUUAUUUUAUAUAUAUAAUGGAGCAGCAGUGGGGAGUAUUGGUUAAGGCUCUGGACUCUUGACCGGAGGGUCGUGGGUUCAAUCCCUAGUGGGGGACACUGCUGCAAGGUACUUUACCUAGAUUGCUCCAGUAAAAACCCAACUGUAUAAAUGGGUAAUUGUAUGUAAAAAAUAAUGUAACUGUAUGUAAAAAUAAUGUGAUAUCUUGUAACAACUGUAAGUCGCCCUGGAUAAG